AUGAUGCGCACGGCCCUGAAGUCGCUGCGGCGGGCGCUGCCCCCCGGGCUCCAGCAGGCCCGCUGGCUCAACGUCCACGAGUACCAGGGGGCAGAGUUGAUGUCAAAAUAUGGAGUAAAUGUUCCGCCAGGAGUGGCGAUCACAAAGCUUGACGAGCUUGAUGCUGCACUGCAAAAGAUGAAGAAUGAAGCUGGUGAGGUAGUGCUCAAGAGCCAGAUUCUGGCAGGUGGCCGGGGCCUAGGCAAGUUCAUGAAUGGCCUCCAGGGUGGCGUUCACAUCUGCAAAACCGAUGAGGCUCCUGGACUUGCCAAACAGAUGCUGGGGUCCACACUUGUAACAAAACAAACAGGACCUGGGGGCAAGCCUGUGAACACCCUCUUCGUGGCCGCCAAGAUGAAGCUGGUCAAUGAGAUGUAUUUUGCCAUCUUGCUUGACCGGUCGACCGCUGGCCCCUUGCUCAUCGGCUGCAGCGAGGGUGGCACAAGCAUCGAGGACCUGGCUGAGAAGCACCCUGACAAAAUAGUGAAAGUUCAGGUGAAUGUGCACGAGGGGAUCACUGAUGAGCAGGCUGGACGGAUGGUGGACGGUCUGAAGGUCACGACAGACAAGGCCGCUGCAGCAGAGCAGAUAAAGAACCUUUACAAAUUGUUCGUUGAUUCUGACUGCACCAUGGUGGAGGUGAAUCCCCUAGCAGAGUCGGCUGAUGGCAAGCUGAUAGCUGCUGAUGCAAAAUUGGGCUUCGAUGAUAAUGCCUCUUUCAGGCAGAAGGAGCUGUUUGCACUGAAGGAUGACUCGCAGGGUGACCCCAGGGAGGUAGCAGCGACAAAGUUCGACCUUAACUACAUCGGUCUGGAUGGCAACAUUGGCUGCAUGGUGAAUGGUGCGGGUCUCGCCAUGGCCACCAUGGACAUCAUCAAACUCCAUGGAGGCACCCCGGCGAAUUUUCUGGACGUUGGCGGCGGCGCAACUACAGAGCAGGUUGUGGAGGCGUUCAAGAUAUUGACAGCAGACAAGCAAGUGGAGGCCGUUCUUGUGAACAUAUUUGGCGGGAUCAUGAAGUGUGACGUGAUUGCGACUGGGAUUGUUGAGGCUGCCAAGCAGGUGGGCAUUCGCAUUCCCCUUAUCGUGCGGCUGGAAGGGACAAACGUGGAGAUGGGCAAGGCGAUAUUGAAGGACAGCGGCAUGUCCAUCAUCCCCGCCGAUGAUCUGGACGACGCUGCCAAGAAGGCCGUCGCCUCCCUCAGUGGCUGA